CACCGGUCUUCUGUGCUGUUUCCAGGUGGGCUUUUAAUGCACUGUUUCCCAUCCUAACUCUUCAAAUGUAGGGGGUCCAAGUGGUGCUUUCAGACAGCUUCUCUUAUUCGAUCCCGAUGCAGUCAGACGGCCUCCGCACCCCCGGGGGUGGCUGGGGCCGGAGCAGCCUCUCUCCACACCACCCCUCUCCCUUCCACACCCGGGGCGCCGGGAGCCGUCACGGCUCCUCCGGAAGCGGAACCCGGUCAGCCCGCCGUCACACCCACCGUGGUCGGCGGCCCGCGGCCCGGCCUUCCGGGUCGCUCAGGAUGGCGGAGCUCAGCUGGAGGGAUUCCGCAUUAACGGUGCCCGACAGCCCCGGGUCCUGGGAGGAUCUGACGGAAUGGGAGAGUUGGUUCGACGAGACGGUCGGCAACAGCCCCUGGGGGUCGGACGAGCCCACGGAGAUUGAAACCCUGCUGGAGAAAUGCGUGGCGGAGGGCUUCGUGAGCCAGGAGACGUUGGACUCGGCCUGUGAAGAAUUCGAGUGCUUUGUGAGGUUUGCAGAGAGGGAAAAAAUGGCAAACGUUCGAGCAGAAAUCAAUGAGAAGAAGCUGGAAACUGAACUUCUGCAAUUGGAGAUGGAGACAGCGGACAUAGUUCAUCCGUAUUAUUUAAGUAAAAAGUACCAGCUAUUGCAAGAUGUGAACAGACACUUGGAAGCAGUUCUAAAAGGGAAGAAAAGACUUCGGCAGAGGCUGAUUAAGCCCGUAUGUGAAGAAACCCUGCCUAUUAAGGCUGAUUUCCACAAGUGUGUGAUGGAGUUGUUGACUGAGGCUGUGACUUUCAUUGAGAAGCUGGAAAACCAUUUGCAGACUGUAAAAAUGAUCCCUCAGGUACCAACUUUCAUGAAGAAUCUGGACGUUGCUUUGACAAAAACAGAGGUGAUGGUGACAGACUUGGAAGAGCUGACCGAGCAAAUAUUGCGGUGGAGAGAAGUGCAAAAAGAAGCAUAUUCUGACAGCGUUUGCAAUAUUGCUGAGUUGGACUUGGGCUUAUCUACCUAAGAAAUGAUAUUUUUCUUCAUAUGGGAUGACUGUUUGAAGAACUGCCAUGCAAGUCUCCUGUGGAAACUGCAAAACAGUUGCGUCUUAAAGCUAAUGGGGAUUUUGUAAAUAGUUAUAUUUAUGUUCUGACAUUGUAGUUCACUGUUUUCCAAGUAGCUGAAAACAAAAGCAAGUGAUAAAAGGCUGAGCAGUAGCUUGUAAGUAGACAGACUACUGAGAGGACUGUUAGAGAGUUUCUCUUUGAAAUAGUAGAGAGUCUCUUGGAGCCUUUAUCUUCAGUGCCGCUUUGUAGCCACAUGUUGGCUAUGGAACCUCUUCAUUUUUAAAGGUAUGUUGAUAAUACACUGUAUUUUGUAUGUUGUUAUAAAACUUCAAUAAAAGUACCAGAUUUCGAGAAUUAA